CUCGGUGACACCGCGCUCGGCGGCCGCCCGGACACCGCAGGUUUUCUUCACCAGUGGAGUGUGAGAAAUAGAGGUUGAGGAAGAUGAGUGAGCUGGAGCAGUUACGGCAGGAGGCAGAGCAGCUGCGAAACCAAAUCAGAGAUGCCAGGAAAGCCUGUAGUGACACAACUCUUGCUCAGAUCACAACAAGUCUGGACUCCGUGGGUCGGAUCCAAAUGCGAACCCGGCGCACGCUCCGAGGUCACUUAGCCAAAAUCUAUGCCAUGCACUGGGGAUCCGACUCCAGGCUACUAGUCAGUGCUUCUCAAGAUGGAAAAUUAAUUAUUUGGGAUAGUUAUACAACAAAUAAGAUGCACGCCAUCCCCCUGAGGUCCUCCUGGGUGAUGACCUGUGCCUACGCUCCCUCCGGCAACUACGUGGCCUGCGGAGGCUUGGACAACAUCUGCUCCAUCUACAACCUGAAAACCAGGGAGGGCAACGUGCGAGUGAGCCGGGAGCUGCCAGGGCACACAGGAUACUUGUCCUGUUGUCGCUUCCUAGAUGACAACCAAAUUGUCACUAGCUCAGGAGACACCACUUGUGCUUUGUGGGAUAUUGAAACUGGCCAGCAGACCACCACAUUCACUGGGCACACUGGAGAUGUGAUGAGCCUCUCUCUGAGUCCAGACAUGAGGACUUUUGUCUCGGGCGCCUGCGAUGCCUCCUCCAAGCUUUGGGAUAUCCGUGAUGGAAUGUGCAGGCAGUCGUUCACAGGGCACGUGUCAGACAUUAAUGCAGUUUGUUUUUUCCCCAACGGCCACGCGUUUGCCACGGGCUCUGACGAUGCCACGUGCCGGCUGUUCGACCUGCGCGCGGACCAGGAGCUGAUGAUGUAUUCCCACGACAACAUCAUCUGUGGCAUCACCUCCGUGGCCUUCUCCAAGAGCGGGCGCCUCCUGCUCGCGGGUUACGACGACUUCAACUGCAACGUGUGGGACACCCUCAAAGGGGAGAGGGCAGGUGUCCUGGCUGGCCAUGACAACCGUGUCAGCUGUUUAGGUGUUACUGAUGACGGCAUGGCUGUAGCUACAGGGUCUUGGGACAGUUUUCUCAGAAUCUGGAAUUAACUGGGAGCCAAACAUGUACAUUCUCCAUUUGAGAUCUGGAGAAAUCAAUGCUGCAGCCUAUAGCUGUGAAAUAACAUUUCUACCUUGUAUUUGCAGGUGAAGUUUUUCUAUUCACUGAUUAUUACACAAAAAGGCUUUCUGUAAACUAGAAAAAAAAAUCAAGUGGAGAAAUAGGGGAGGGGGGAAGAAAUCACUGACUUUUUAAAAGGGGCCAGCACACAUAAUCAUGGUGACCGACAAACUAAGAGCCAGUCUUUUUGUUUUUGGUGGUUUGGUUAGAUUGUCCUUGAAGGGUUUUCGCUUGUGCUCAGUCUGCUAAUCCUGUACUUUUUUUUGUACAUAACAGAAUAUACACAUUAUAGCAGCCAAUCAUGUAACAUUUGUCUGUAUGUAAAGAAGUAUGUUUGCAUUUUUUAAGGAACUACAUUUAUAGCUUUGCUUUUAACCCGAGAUGUCACUUCUGAGUUUUUGUAAUGGGUGAACUAGAUUGCUGUUUUAAAUGUUUUUGUGAAUUUACUGUAGAUAAAGUGAAGCCAAUGGUAUGUAUGUGUUUUUUAUAAUGGAAGGCAUUUGAGUUUUUUUUAAAGGCCCUAGAGACUCCCAGUUAUUACCUACCGCCUUAUUCACUCACUUCUUGACCUGCUUGCCUAUUUUUGAUCUGGGGGGUUCUUCCUUCAAGCCAGUGGUUCCUGGUUCAUCCAUUGGCAGUCAUGACCUCCAAACACCAAGGAGUUAAGGGCAGGUAGACUUGCACCAACAGCAGAAAUAAUUGGAAAAUAAAAUAAAUCCAGACGUUUUAGCUUCCUCCCUCAAGGUUUUCGCAUCAGUUCCAUGCAGUCCGUGGGUACAGAAGCCAAGUGGCCAAGUGCUGUGGCCAGCUUAGCUCUGGCCAGAGGUGUGGGUUUGGCUCCUCCCAAGCUCCAGCUGAUCUGCACUCACAGGGACUUGGCUGCUGCUCAGAGUCCAGAGCAGUGUGCAGAGCUUGCUCCUUCCACACCAACUGAGAAAUUCAGGAGGACUUUGCUUAAACUCCUAAAGAGAAUUUAACUGUGCAGUUAAUUGCUUGUAAUUCCCCUCCAAAUUCAGGGGUUGCCAAAGCACACCACAGCCAAAAGUGCUUGUUGUCAGUUCUGUGCAGUGUGAAUUACCAAAGGAAUUGUCUAACUUAACUGCACCUGUGUGACCCCUGAAAACCUCCCAGGAUAACCUUGAGGAUGGGUCUGUGCUUGUUCUGUGUGGUCACUGAGGGCUGUGCCGUGGGGGUUUUGAGAUGCCAGAUGUUCUGCAGCUCCAGCACUGUAAAUAGCCAUUUCUGUUCCUUUCCUGAUUUGAUUCUGAUUUUUAUGUCAGUUGCUUAGAAAUCUCACCAAGUACUGUGCAGAGACAGGAAAAUCAUGUGACUGAUGCCCAUUUGAAACUGCCCAGGGAGGUUGCUUAACUUUUUGGUGCCUGGCAGCAUGUCUGCACUCAUGGUGGAUGUUCCCUUGGGAAUCUGAACAUCUCUGGCUAUUUUGAAAUGGGGAAUUACAUCUGUUGGCUUAAGUGACUUAUUUUAAAGAUAACGUGAAUUUUAAAUCACCAGGUUGGAAGAUGAUGUUAGUCAUUAUUCAUUGGAACUGAUGGGGAGUCUGGAUGUCUGUGGGUCAGGUAGGAAAGAGAAAGGCCCAGAAUCCUGUAGUAUAUCCAAAUGGAUUUCUGGCUGAGAUGACUUGUGUGAAGUUUCUGACAUUUUUUAAAUUUCAUUACUUCCAGACUGUGCCUGUAAACUCGCCAUGUCUGUAAUGGUGAAGGUGCCAAUAAAUGUACCAGUCAAUCACGGUAAAUUCACUUGAAAAAUCAGAAAAAGGCGCUUCUUACACUGGAGAAGGAACAUUUCCUAACAGCAGCCUGUGGUGUAGGACCAAAAUCCCGUUGUAUUGUGUGUCACAGGAAUUCCUCAGUGUUUUGCUUUGUGAUCUGUCUGCAUUUAUAGAACUGUUAUGGAAUUCUUGUAACUCUCUUAAGUGAGCAGCUCUUUGGGAUCUCGCAGACUCCGUUUAUUUUUUAGUGGUGCACUUGAUUAUUUUUUUUUAACUCACAGCUGCCUUGAGUGAAUCAUUCUGGAAAUUUAUUACUAAGGAAUUUUAAGAAAAUAUUCUUUUUCUAAAAAAAUUAUUUUCCAUAGAAGUGCGUUUUGAACCAGUUUCCUAGUCAACACCUUUGCCAAGACAGGUGCCAUUUUUACAUUCUGGUAUUAAAACUGGUUUCUACUUGUGAAACUCCAAAACCAAUUUUACAGCUGUAUAUAACUUUUCUUACCAGUUCAGGUAAAGUCUGUGACAAUGGUAAUGGCUCUUGUACAGGUAUUACUGCAAAUAACUUCACUGUUAUUGUUGGAUGGCUGUUGCCUCUUGGAUUCAGCUGCUUUUAAAAUAAAUACUAAGGAAUGCCAACUACUUGCUGAGGUGUCCAACAGCAUCACAGAGCUCUGCCUGCCUCUGCUCCUUGCUCACCCCAGGUCUGAGGGGCUCCGUGUCAGCACACGAGACCUGGGAGAGGCCCGAGCACAAGAGGGGAAUCGGUGGCUGGUGCACCUUUGGAGCCUGUAAGAAGCCUGUGAUGGAUCCUGCCCAGGUGAUGUUUGCUGUUCCAUUACUGCCCUGGCUGUGGGGUAUUUUUCAAGCCUGCAGAUUCCAUUACCACAGGUACUGUGUGGUGCCACAGAAUGACUCGGGCUGUGGCAUUCCCUUCUUCAAAUGACUGGCAGGGUCCUCUGGAGGUUGAUGCCCCAGCUAAAGUGGAGGUGGCUUUUGGUAAAAGCUCAAGCUCCUCCUAAAAUAAGGAAGGUAAUAAAAUUACACUCGAUAGGUUUUGCUUAAAAGGUUUUACCCCAGCUUUGAAUUUCAAACAAACUGGUGUGCGCCUGCAGUUGACAUGGGCCCAGGUGUGCAGCAUGAGUGGGCACAUCUUCACUGGUUUUAAAAGUUCAUAGUCAGACUACAUCCUUAGCUGAAUUUCAAGUAAGUUGUGUCAUUACAGAACUGGAGUAAGCAAGAGCAUUGUGCCAAACAGUGGCAGAGUAACUCUUGCCCAGCCUCUCUUCUAAAGGCAGUCUGUUAUGGCUCAGGAAGCAGAACCAUGCGCUUGGUGUAACAAAAUUUAUUUUAUUCUGGUAGAGUUUGCCAGUAUUUUCUAAUGUGAUAGAACUUUGCAGUAGAGAGUUCUCCCUUCAGGCAAGUGCCCAGCCUGGGCUUGUUCCUGUGUAGCCUUGGAUGGCUGUUUAUUGGUGGAGAAAGCUGUUUGAGAUUCUGGAAACCACAGAAAGCUGCUGUGGCUUCGUGCUGAUGCUUGCUCGUGUACUUCAGUAACGGGGCCUGGUUCCAUCUGUCUGCAGCCCUUUUCCUUCCAAGCACUGCUGUCCUGUGCUGUGCUGAAUGCAGAGCCAUGGCAGUGCUGGCAGAGCCGAGAGCUCCGUGCAUUGACAGGAUUUGUAGCACUCCAAAGGGAAUGUGCAUUACAGAGGCUUUUCCUGCCACAUGCCAGGGCCUGACCUUGCCUUGGCAAAGCAGAGCUGGAGCAGCAGCAGGGCCCAGCGUGUCCUUACUGUAAUGUAUGGGAUGGAAGUAGCUGACUCCUUCCUUCGGUUGUGUAACCGCUCCUCCCAUGAUGAAGUUCACAUUAAUUACUUUAAGGUGGAAUGAAAACAUUGUGAAAGCAUUCCAAGAGUUGUAGUCUGUCCUCUCUGGGGACACCGUCACCUCCACUAGGUUUAGUGCUGUGCUUUAAGAUGUUGGUGAGAGUUUUGGCUAAUUGGACUAGUUGGUAUCAAUGGUUGUGUAGCAGAAUGGCUGGUUUUGAGAUAGCAUUUCCUGUCCAAGUACUUAGCAUGGGUUGAUGGUGCACUGUGUAUCCAGUACUCUGGCAUGCAUGCUGGUCACACUCCUACACUUCAGAGGCACCAGAGCCUUUUAUCCAAUUGCUGGUUAUGUAAAAUACAUGCAGAAUGUUAAUGCAGUGUUGUUAUGGUAAAUGUGUGAACAGUGUUACUAAUUGAUAUAACUGAUAACAGAUUACAUGUGCCUGACAUUCUUAUACCACACAGUAUGUUUAGGUUUUAACUAAUAUGGACUUCGGUGGAAUAGUCUUAGGUAUUUCAAGCCUUUGUUUUACUUACACAAUGGUGCUCUCUUUGUGUCUUUUUUUUUUUUGUCUUUUUUUUUUUUAAUAAAAGCAUCUGAACACUUCUAGUACAUAUUACAUCCAAAGGAGUCCAAAGCAAAGUGCUAAUUUUGCUUUGCCUUUAGUUCCCAGCAUCUCUCAUCAGCUUUGUUUGUUUCGUUUUUACUUGUUGCUGACUACUUCGGAAAACUUUGGUAAUGUUACCAAUUAUGAAGUGAUUCUGCACUGCCUUUGGAUUGUGUAUGUAUUCAGAAACAGUCUUAAAGCUUUUAUUUAAGCUAUUAAAAAACCAGGGACUUGUGCCAUUUGUUCUUUACCAGUGCUGUUGUAAAAAGACUUCCCUGUGACAAAAAAAAAAAAUCACUUGCUAUGAACUUUGUUUAUAGCUUUUUUUUUUUUCCCCACGAUGGAUCUUUUUCUUUGUAUUUGUACAGUGGCUCAGUGAAAGAUGUUGCCAUGAGUUGAUAUUGUAACCAAUAAACAAGUGCU